AGUACACAAAUCUUAGCCCAACUUCUAUUAAAUGUCCUUGCACUACUUCUGUAAAUAUUUAUUUGCUUAUAAAUUGGCUGCACAAAACAGCCUUUAAUUAUUAGCAGAUUAUUACAGAGGAUCCUCCAAACUGGUAAAAGGAGAUGUAAAGUAAAAUGCUCUUAUCUGAAUAGAGGGUUAAGUACAGCUAAAUUAAAUCUUUGUAUUAAUAGUAUUCAUAGAAAGGCAGAUGGGAGCAGAAAAUGUUGCAAUGAAGAAUAUGGAAUGAGAUGAGAUCACAGCAUGUCUGUCCUUUGUAGAUCUGGACAAUGAUCACAGAGGCAGAUUGGAUUAGUGAAACCUAUUUACCAGAAGUUCAGAGCAGUUGCAUGAAGCUGAAAGGCAGUCAGGAGGGAGAGGUGGAAAAUGCACCAGAUUUACAGCUGCAGCGAUGAAAAUUUAGAAGUUUUCACCACUGUGAUUUCAUCCAAAUCAUGUAGUCCUGCCCGAAGACGAGCCAAAAGUACACAGCACGUCCUAACAAAGAGUGUGAUAGCCAUAUCCGAUCAUCGGCCCCACAGGACAGAGAAGCUUCAGCCCCACCAAGGCGAUCUCUUCCAGGUGCUGUACAGUGAAGAUGAGGUGCGGGGCCUGGGCCACCUGCAGAGUGGGCAGCGGGGACCCUGCUCUGCCAAGGGCACUGCCCAGCAUGUAGGACUUACUGAAAGAGAGUCAUCCAAGUCCUGCAGUCACCUGUUGGAUAGGAAAUCUUCGUUUCCACCAUCACCAGUUGCCCAUAUCAGAGCAAAAGCAGUGGCUGUCACAGACUCACCUACAGGCAACGGCACUCCUACAGAUGACCACAGGCAGCGCUGGAGGAAGACAACGGAGUAUGACCUGAGUCUGCCACCGGGAGCAGAAGCUUCCCUACCACUGACUAGAGGCAGCCUGUACGGGACACCCAGCCUCCUGAGGAAGAUGUGGAUGAAGCACAAGAAGAAGUCAGAGUACUUGGGGGCAACAAACAAUGCCUUUGAGGCGGACUGAUAAAGCUCAGUAUCACUUGGAAAGACAGAAGGUCCUUUAGCCAGGACAAGGUGCUCUAGAAUCAGUGAGGGAACAGACACAGCACAGCUCAUCCAGGAAAAUGAUGUCCUUUUAUUAUUUGAUGCCAUUGCCUCAGAAUGGUGAGAGAAAGGCUAAGGUAAAAAUCAUGAAUGUGAUGCAACUCACUGGCCUUUCUUUGUUGCAAUAUACUAAAAUUCCAAGUAUCCCACUAAAAUUACAUCUUGACUCAAUGCCAAAACUACUGCUGGCCCAUUCAAUAUUAUACAUGUCUGAAUCAACUCAGACUCACAACAAGAAAAGCCUGCCAAGAAGUUUGUGUAUUCCUCCAAAGCAAUGGUUAGAUUACAGAGCGCCAUUAAAUCCCAAGGGUCUGCUUGUCCUGUGCCACUGCUUGUCCUCUUCUCACAAUGUGAGAUAAAAACCACAUCUUACAAUAUGCCUGUUGAAUGACACAUGCCAAUCUUUUUUUCUUCAGCUUUGAUGUUUCAUGACAGGAGUAAAAGACGUAAAAAUUUUAAAAUAAUGGGUGAGUCAGAACUGAGCGAGUUGGCAAACACACAUUUAUCAAACCUUGCUAUGUGACAAGUGAUUGGUGUUUCAAAGUGUCCUGCCAGAUCAAACAAUGAGCAAACAGAGAUACUUUCUUCUGUAGAACCUGCAGGACAGCCUUGCAGCUGGAAAUCACAGACUCGACUCUCCUCCUUCCCCAAGGCAAAAGUCAUUCUCUGGCCCAGCAGCCUGUUAGAGGGAUGAUUUACUCUCCUGUUUUUCUUCCUUCCUGCGGGAAAGAAGAGCAACGCAGCUCCUCAUUAACCACACAUUGAAAGGGCCUGGUUGCUGGCAAGGCAAUGGGAAGAGGCAGUGGUGGCCCAGCAUUGACGAUGUGUGACCAGCCACAUUGUUCAAGAGUCAUGCCGAUGCCCUUUGGAGGAUGCACACCUGCACAGCACCAGGACAUUUUCCUCACAGGGGCCCACUCCACCUAUAAAUUAGAGCUUGACCUUGUGUAAUACUCUGUACACCAUGACCAGCCUGAGCAAUAACCCUGCCAACAUCAGGUUCUCCAUGACUGAACCAAGGUGGAGCUGCGCCCAAGAUUUUCCUGUAACAUCUUCUGCAAGUAUCACCAACUACACUACACCCCUACUCCCCAGCCCGUAGAAAUCCUGCCAGAAGCCUUGGCCUCGUACACACCUGCUAUUUUUACGCAUAUAGGUAAGCCUGGUAAACUCAGCGGAACAACUUUCUUGCACAGCAAUGCGUACAUUCAAGGAGAAAGCAUAAUAGUCAUCACCAGUUCCCUUUUUUGGUCUCAUAAUCUAAGCAAAGCAAAAAUGAAAAAGAUGGGCAGACACUGGCAAAAGCCCAUGUGCUGCGUUUGGGGUAAUUAAGAUGGUGAGCGUUUGUGGUACCUGCCCUUGUAGUGUAUUUGACCCAUAGUGCACCCAUCACAGAGUUCAGGGCAGCAAAAGUUUUGUCUAUUGAGAGAGCUGUAUUCUAGUAUUUAAUUUGUUAAUUAAUAGAUUUAAGCAGUAUGAGAAUGGAGGUGAAGAGGAGAUGAUUAAUGUUUCUACCUAAUAAUUGCUGUAUCUUGAAAUGUGUAUCUGUGGUCUUCUUAUUUAUUUAAUUUAUAAUUUGGGUCUACAAGAGAAGGAGAGACUUACAAGAAGCAUAUUUAAUUUCUCUGUAUUCCAGGAACUGCUGUGGAGAUUUCUUGUAUUGUAGUAGACACUUAUUUCAUUGAUUUAAAUAAAAUAUGUCUUAUUCUUUAAAAAAAAUUAAAUAAACA